AUGCGUGGUAUAAAGAAAAAGCAAAAAGAAAAACGUAAAUCUCGUACAAAUGAAACGAUGAAAAAAAAUUCAUCAAAUAAAACAAACAAAUCAAAUCGUUCGUCUAGUAUAGUAACUAAAAGUUUUGAAAUCUUUGUUACUGAUUUUCUUACUGAUCCAUGUGGCUUACCUGUUGAAUUAAGAGAUUGUGUUUUAGUUGACGGAACAACAUCUUCGAAUGAUGCAUCAGAUAAUUGUUCAUCUAAUAAUUGUCAAGUUCUAAAGAAGAUCUUUGGAAAUAAUGAAUCAAGUGAUCGUAUGGUUCAAAAUUCUGUUUCAUUGGUAGUUGAUGAGCCAUCUAAAAUAGCACAUGAAAGUGAACAUAGGAUGAAUAUCUGA